CAUAAUAUUGUGUUCUGUGAACGAGAAUAAGUGCUGGAGAUUCGUGUUUACAUAUUUUAUAUUUUGUAAUAAUAUUGAAAAUUGAAAUUAUGUCAGUAUUUUAGAUCAGGAACAUUUAGUGAAUAUGAGAUCAGUGUUUACAAUUAUUAUAUGCGUGUUAUUACAGACUGCUACUCUAAAUUCCGACAUUUAUUGUGAUAGUGAAAAUGAAACAUGUACACGGGAUAUUUCAGGUGAAAAGUUUAUAUUUUACGACGUAAAUCCGCCUGAAGGGUUUAACCUGCGCCGCGACGUGUAUAUGAGGUUCGCCAUUAUGUUAGCUGAAGCUAAAAGAAACGGAAGAAAACGAAAUUGGCACUUAGUUUUACCACCUUGGCACAAUUUGUAUCAUUGGAAAAACGACAAGUCAGAUCCAAUUCCUUGGUCAUCAUUCUUCGACACUGUUUUACUCAAAUCCUAUACAUCAGUUGUAGAACUGCAUGAAGUUUUUUCUAAUAUUCAAGAACUUAAAAUAGACCGAUUAUAUGUCUUACAAAACUAUCCGAAUGCCUUUGAAAAUGGUGAUUUCACCGAAAAGUGGAAAGUUGCAGAUACUUGUAAUAAUUAUGAGCGAUCUUUUUGGGGCUACAAAAAUAUAUCAGUGAAGGAGGAAAUUUGUAUAAAUUUUCAGGGUAAAAUAUCACAGCUCUGGGAUGUGAUUGCCUUACAUCCUGCAGAUAAACAUGUGAUGUUUAGUAAUGGUGAGAUACCAUUACAUGACACAUAUGGAACAAAAACAUAUUGGGAUAGUAGAAGAAGUAUGGUUUUUAAUAAACAACUUAUUGAGAAGUCUGAGCAAUAUAUAUCAAAGUAUUUAAAUUGUCAUACAAAAUUAUGCAGUAAUUACCUUAGUGUGCAUUGGAGACGACAGGAUUUCGCACAAUAUCGCAAGAAUAAAGUUCCUUCAAUAGCUGGUACUGCUAGGCAAAUAGACAAAGCUAUCAAGAACUUUAAUUCAUACAUUUAUAAGGUUUAUGUUGCAACUGAUGCUCCGUUUUCUGUGUUACGUCAGUUAGAAACAGAGCUAACCUAUUAUGGUUACACAGUAUUCUAUUAUCUACCAUCUGACGAUGAUAUUGAAACAUUCAAAGAUGGUGGUCUUGCAAUUAUUGACCAAAUAAUAUGCUCACAUGCUGCAUAUUUCAUUGGGACACAUGAAAGCACUUUUACAUACAGAAUUCAAGAGGAACGAGAAAUACUUGGGUUUUAUAGUACAACAACAUUUAAUAGAUUCUGUCCAGAUAAGGGACAGUGUGAAAAACCGUCUAAAUGGACUAUAGUUCACUAGUAAUACAAACUCAGUAAGUUUGAUAGUUCACCGAAAAUGUCACCAAUAAGUAGGGCUCAUAUUUUAAGGUCACUUCUCCCUUUGAAUCCUUUUGGGCUUUUUAGAACUAUUUUUACUAGAUAUGAAAUGGAUAUCAGGUAUCAGGCUAGGUAAUGUAUGACAGGCUAGAUUGAAAAAAAAAAGAUAUGAAAACUGUAGAAAAUGUUAAGUUUGAGCCAUAUAUCAAUUAAAUUUUUUUUUAACACUAAAAAAUCCAUACCGAUACUGCAAGUUAAAUUAUGAUGUAUUAAGUUACACCAACUUCUCUAGAAAAACAGGACAAAAAAAAUCUAGCUUCUAAAACUAUCUUAUAAUAAUAUAUUUUAGCAAAAUUUGCUUAGUUUGGUUAUUGUACCGCUUUAGUUGAUUUGCAGCAAUUGACUGCAGAUAAAAAUUGAGCUUGUUUGCAAUUGCAUUCUUUUAUUGGAAAGAAUAACUGGUAUUACUUGCUGCAAGCCCAGAAUGUUAUGAAUUUUGUUAAUAGAUUGGCACUAUUUACCGCUACCACUCUACCAAUAUUUGACAGGAUAUCUGGUGUCUUGCCAAAGUUAUCUGUUUCAUCUCAAAUUUAUACUCAGAAUGACAGAAGACUGACUAUUGUACUGCAUAGAGUGGUAGUGGUAUAUGAAUGAACAUACUUCAGCAAUUUCACACACUUAUACAAUCAAUAUAUAUAUUAUGACCUGUAUAGCCAAGUGGUUAGCGAUCCUACCUACUAAGCUAGAGGUCCCGGGUUCAAAUCCCGGUAGGUGCAAGCAUUUAUAUGAUGAAUAUGGAUGUUUGUUUCCGAGUCAUGGAUGUUUAAAUGUAUUUAUGUAUGUAUGUUCAUAUGAAUUUAUGUAUGUUUAAGUAAGUUUAUUGUAUUAAAUACAUCCUUGUCUUGUAACCCAUAACACAGGCUAUAUAUUAUGCUUAACUUGGGGCAAGAUAAUUAUUAUUAUUAUUAAUAUGGAUCCAGGUUCAACAUAGUGUACAUUCUACUAUCCUAUAUAAUAUAUAGGACACUUUUUACACAAAUUAUCUUGCCCCAAGUUAAGCAUAAUAUAUAGACUGUGUUAUGGGUUACAAGACAAGGAUAUAUUUAAUACAAUAAACUUACUUAAACAUACAUAAAUUCAUAUGAACAUACAUAAAUACAUUUAAACAUCCAUGACUCGGAAACAAACAUCCAUAUUCAUCAUAUAAAUGCUUGCACCUACCGGGAUUCAAACCCAGGAUCUCUAACUUAGUAGGUAGGAUUGCUAACCACUCGGCUAUACCUCCCUGAAGCUAAUAUUGGUGUAAUAUUUGGGCCAUAUUGUGUGUAUUAUAUGUACAUGCAAGAUUUAAGGAGAAUAAAUAUUAUUAUACAAAUUGAAUUUAUAGAUACUUAAUUAAAUGGAUAAUGAUGGAAUCAAAUAUGCAUCAGAAUGUUACAGAUAUCAAAAAAAAACUUUAAACUGAUAUUAAAAGUAUGUAACUUAAUCAGUAAAAGGACAUCAAAAACUUUUUUUUAAAUGAAAUGAGAUGUAUACAAAUAUUUUAUACUAAACACUCCCAUACAUUCUAGUUUAGCUUAAUUCUAUUAUUCUAUUAAGCCCUUUUUAUUCUGAGUUAGAGUAUGUCUCUUAACUCAGUGUGCCGCUUGGCAAACGCCUCCUCUAGCUCUUUCCAUCGGAGUCUGUCAUGGGUCACUCUUCUCCAGUUCGGGCCUGCUGUGAGUUUGAGUUCAUCCUCCCAUCUUGUUUGAGGUCUCCUCUGGCUCCGUGUGCAACCUCUUGGAUACCAAUCUGUGACAAUUCUGCUCCAUUUCUCCCGGCCAUCCCUCAACAUGUGGCCAGUCCAUCUCCACUUUUGCUGAUCUAUUUUAUUAAGCCUGUCGGUUACUUUAGUUUUUUGUCUCAGGUCUUCAUUUCUAAUUUUGUCUAGUCUAUGUGUUCCCGUCAUACUUCGUUCCACAGAUCUUUGGCAGUACUUAAGCCUGUCUCGGUGCUCAUUAUUGAGUGCCCAUGUCUCAAGUUUAGCUUAAUACUAAUAUUAAAGAAAUUAAACUAACAAUGAAUGUAAACUUUUAAUUGAAUAAUAUUUAUUUCUUAGUAAGUACAACAUUUUGUAUUCAAAGCAGAUGUAUGAAGUGUCAUCCUUCUUAUUUAUUUAUUUAUGCAGUACAAUGAUCUUUCUACUAAUGAAAACUCAUUUUAUGUCAAUGAUUUAAGCCACAUAAAUUCUGUGACUUUCUGCUAGUUGCAAAAAGCAUCCCUUAAGUUUAUGUAACAUUAAAUAUAAUACCGUCACAAAUACAAUUUUUAAACAAAAUUUUAUGAACAAUGUGGGACUUGAACCCAUGACCUCUCACGUUCUGUGCGAGUGCUCUCCCAACUGAGCUAACCGUUCGAGUAACGUAUGUUCAACUCUCAGGUUCAAUCUUAAUUUAGAUUAGUAAGAGCGACAUCACAAGUCAAUUCCUAAUAUGGAAGUAUUGGGGUUGAGCAUGUUAUCAACUGUAAAGUAGAUCUUGAGAAUGAAGCCACAACCUGAGAGUUGAACAAAGCAUACAAGAUUUUAUGACGAUACGUCAAUUGAAUGGUUAACUCAGUAGGGAAAGCACUCGCACGGAACGCGAAAGGUUGUGGGUUCAAGUCCUGCAUCGUUCAUAAAAUUUUGAUUAUAAAUUUUAUUUGUGUAUUAAUCCCAGAAGUGAGUUAUUUAAAAACAUAAAAAAUUGUUUAUAAUACUGUCACUUUCUUUUUCAUUUCACAGUGUCACAACUCACAGUCAAAGAUAUAAUGAAACCAGAAACAUUAAGUAUGAUUUCUGCAACAUAGUGGUGAGCUGCCAUCUGUUGUCACAGAUAAUUAUUAUUUAUAUUUUCCUCUUGUUGAAUGGAGUAUGUAGUUAUCUGUGACUCCUAAUAGUCAUGAUAUAAUAUAUUAUUACUAUUAUUAUACUAAUCAAGAAUAAGAUACAUAAUAGUAAGGAUAUAUUUGUAGGUAUAAUGAAACUCUACAAAUGCCAGAUACUUCUUGCCUGGAGUGCCAUAUUUACAAUAAACAAAUAAUCACUAUCACGCUCAAAAAUUGUCUGAAGCAAAACUCUGCCUACGCGUCUAUUACGCAGAGUUUUCAUUCCUUUGUGUUUCGACCGCGGUUUGAAUACAACGCCACGCAAUGAAAACCUGUCCAAAUAACAGUACAUCAAAAUAUCAACCCAAAAGAAUGGAGCGUCCUAUUUCAGGUAAGUGCCCCCUUUAAAUUAACAAAAUUAUGUAACUAACUUGACAUUUUAAUUAUUUUGCUAAAUAAUUACAUUUCAAAUGCUAAAACAGAAUACAUCUCUAACGAAAUGUGCGAGAGGUGGACGUCCCUUCUAUUGAAUAGUUGUGGCUAAUUACUUUGAAUAUUACUGCGACGAAAUAAGGUGUUAAUUUGAAUGCAUGUUUUAACGUUAUUCGGACAUUAUUGACGACCUUUUAAUAGGCGAUUGUGAGUGUAGUAGUUUAUAGUAUAGCAAGACAUUAGAAAUUUUUGACGACCUAUAUAGCCGAGUGGGUCCCGGGUUCGAAUCCCGGUAGGUGCAAGCAUUUAUUUGAUGAAUGUGGAUGUUCGUUUCCGAGUCAUGCAUGUUUAUAUGUAUUUAUUUAUGUUUAAAUAAGUAUAUUGUAUUAAAUAUAUCGUUGUCUUGCAACCCAUAACACAGGCUAUAUAUGCCUAAUUUGGGGCAAGAUAAUUUGUGUAAAAAUUACAUACUUCAAUGAUUUCAUCCCAUUAUUUUGGGUGCCUUGAGAGCAAUGAGUGUUUGAUAUAGUUGUAAAAGUUGAUAAGCUAUGUACCAAAUUUCUAACCAUUGUCAUAAUUUUAAGAUUUGAUAUUUUACUGGAGAUAAUGUACCUAUGUGCCAUAUUAAAGUUAGUUUUACUUAAUUAUAUGAAUGUUAUACAAAUAAUAAUAAUACUCAUUGUAUAAUUUUCAUUAUUUUUUUGCUACUGCUUUUCGUGACUUGACAUGGGUUGUGUGUUGAACUGUAUUUUUUAAAUUAAAUAUUAUAAUUUUUCAUGAUUAUUUGAGCAAGAACAAAUUUCAAGUUAAAACUAAUUGUGUACACCAACCCUUCACCUAGUCUUUCACCAACACCCAAAAGAAAUUAAAAUAGAAUAAAAACAAACAAAAUAUAAAUAUGUUUAUUUCAUUUACUAUAAAAUAAAGCAUUUUGGUAACUUGA